AAGGAAAUAAACCCCAAGCAAAAAAUAACAACUUGAGGUGAACACCAAUUAUGAGACCAUGGGAAUAAAGAAGAAGGUGUUAAUGGUCGGCAUGUUUAUUGUCACUUUGAAUCAGGCGGUUUCAAACAGAAAUCUUGCUUGCAACUGUAACCUCCACGCAAGGAAAUGUCGUUUCAACAUGGAACUUUACAAGCUUUCUGGACGUAAAAGUGGAGGGGUGUGUUUAAAUUGUCGGCACAACACAGCCGGACGUUACUGCCACUAUUGUAAGGAAGGAUACUAUCGCGAUAUAACACAAGAAAUAACGCAUAGAAAAGCAUGCACAGCAUGCGAUUGCCACCCUGUUGGAUCUUCGGGUGAAAUAUGUAACCAAACCACCGGUCAGUGUCCAUGCAAAGACGGAGUGACGGGACUAACUUGUAAUAGAUGUAUGAAAGGUUACCACCAGAGCAACUCCCCUAUUGCACCGUGCAUCAGGACACUUAUAGAGCCUGUAUCUACUCCACCGCAAACACCACCGGAUAGUGAAGGCACAGGAGGUCCAUGUCCAAAUUGUAAGGAUUCAAGCAGAUCAAUAACUCAAAGAAAAUAUUGCAAGAAAGAGUUUGCUAUUCAAGCCCACAUCUUGUCACGAGAAAAUAUGGGAGAAUGGGUAAAAUUUACAAUCAACGUAAUGACAAUCUUCAAAAAGGGACAAACACGAAUGAGGCGUGGUGAUUUAGCUCUGUAUGUGAGCAAGAAGAAUUUAGCGUGCAAGUGCCCAAAGAUGCGCCUCAACAGAUACUAUCUCAUACUCGGUAAUACAAACAACAAAGAAACUAGACUGGUUAUUGAUGAAAAAAGCGUUGUUAUUCCAUGGCAAGACGACUGGAGCAGACGAAUUCGGAAAUAUCAAAGAAAGGAACGACGAAGUGAAUGUUAGGAAGAUAGAAAGUAUAAUAGCGGGAAAAUGGAAAAAAAAACUAAAAGAUCAAAAUCAUUACAUGAUAUUUGUUCUUAUAUUUGUGAGUGAUCCAGUUCGGGAAUUCUGAUGUAAUGUGUUAGACACAAUUUUGUCGAAGUUUGAACCUAUCUGUAUAUAGGAUUAGGUAUGCCAAAUACAAAAUAGAGAACAAGCUUGUGUAAUAAACUAUCUCCCAGCAACUGUAAGCUGCCACUUUUUGUAAAUUUUCCAAAUCCUUAUUUGGAAAGAAGUCCAUUUUCGCGGAAAAGAACAUUUUCGUUGGACUCUGACCACCUUGAUGACGUAUGCGCAUAUAAUUCAAAGCAAAAGACAUUGUAGAACUAAAGAAAUAUUAGUAUGGCAUUAGCUAAAUAAAGUGGAAUAAGUUGAGUCAGAUGUGACAUAGUGGUCAUUUCUUUCUUUAAGGACAGCUUUUAGCCAAAUACGUAGAAAGAAAAGGAUGUGUGUGAUAACAUUGUUUUUUUUAUUGAAGAAAAUUUUGAGGGUAAUGUUAUUACAAUUAUUAAUUUAACUUUACACACUGGAACGUAUGCUGAUGGUGGGUAUCUAAAGAUGACACAAAAGUAUCCACCCUUUAUAUAUAUAUAAUAUAUUAUGAAAAUGAAUUUUGUUUUUAAAAAAAACGGUGAAUUCCAACUCUAUCUUAAUUUCUGUAAAUUAAUGAAUAAUUUAUCUAAAGGUAAAAACAUACAAAUAUUAACGGGUGAUUGAAUGACAUAUAAAUAUGUAUACGUUGCAGUGAUUUUACACGAGAAGUUGCAGUGUUGUUUGGAGAUGGGAAACUUGAACAGUGUAAACUCAAGUGAGGUGAUGAAUAUUGGUUGGCAGGAUGUAUAAAUUAUUGAUGCCCUUUGUAAGUUAAAUAUAUGGUAUGAAAAAAAGCAUCAAUUUAUUAAGAUUUAUUUUCAAGACCGUUUUAAGGUUGAUCAAAAUACAAAUACGAAAGUAUUGUUUGAAUUUGCAGUGAGAUAUUACUAGCGUAGUGAAUAUCAAUUUUUUUGUAUCUAUACAUUGCUUAUAAUACUAUUAAUAAUAAUAACGAUAAUAAUGUUAAGUUGUAAGUAUUUUGUAUGUAAAAUUUUGAGUACUUGUAGAUUCUACUGCUUCAAUGCAUUAGUGCUGACUUGACGCAGACAAGAUUGCCUGCACCUAUGUUAAAUAUAGUUAUAAAAAAUUUAGUGAAUUGCUUAAAUUAUAUAGACUUUAUAUAUACAACUUAUAUAACUUCAAAACUGAGCACACUUCAAAGCGAGUACAUUUUUAGAAGUUAUAUAUUAAAGUGUUUUUUAUUCUUAAUUCCCACCAAUUAAAGACGUAACAUUCUGUGAUAUCUUUACAAAAUCUUAACUGACAGGGAGGGGUAAACGACUGGGUGUGGGGAGGGGUAAUUUCAUUACUAUGUUAAAUAAAUUUCUAUAGUGAAGAAAACAGAAAAGUAAACAGGGCUGCAAGCUGCAGACAAAUCGUUCAAUUCAAGAAAAUUACCUUUUGCGAAAUUCAGCAUGUUUUUUUUUCACAGAAUAAUUAUUUUGAUUCAUAAUAAUUAUAAAAAUUACAUAUAAAGAUGAAUAUUUUUUUAAUUGGAAGGGAAAAUUUAUAAGUUUACAUUUACCAUUUUCUUCAAAAUUCAAAUCAUGUUGAAGAAACUAUAUAGUAGGCUUAUGUAAGUCCUUUUCAUAGUAAGUAUCUGAUUCUAUAACCUAACAAAGAUUGAGGACUGACAUUGGAAAAUGAAAUGUUGAAAGGAGAUAAAUAAAACAACAAAGGGACUCCCUUUCCGAUGAAAUAGCGAAAAUCAUUAUUGAAACCUUCCUGAGUGGAAACGACUUUUGGCUAAAUAUGACGUAUAUCAAAAUUAAUAUGUCAUUUGCGUCUAUCCACCCCUCCCUACAUAUUUCAGGUUAUCAAUUAUAAUAAAUGGUUUAAUACAUAAGUGAUGAGCUGUAUGAAACACCUGUUCUCAAUGAGACUGUUUAAUAAUACAACUGUGACAAUCCUAUGCUGGAAAUGCAACAUGUCACUGCAGUGAGCCUCAGGUAUAUGUAUUAUGCAGAUGUUAUUCAGAAACUUGUAUAAACUUAUGUGAAAAAUGGGUGUAAUAUCACAUCAUUAUGCCAUAAUUGGGCACGACACAAAUUGGUCAUAUACAAUUGUUGACAGAGCUUAAAACUACCUGAAUCUCAUUUUCAUGUCAUUGAACUCAGAAUUACAAAAAAAAAAAAAGGAUUUAUAUAAAUGAUUAAAUUAUGAAUACAUGAUACAUGAAGACCUUGAUGUUUGCAAGGUAUUUAUUUAUAUUUAUUCUCAAUUCAUAAGUGUCCAAAAAAGAGUAAUGGAACAUAUAUCGUUGUGUUUAAAAAGGGUUUCAGUAUUUAUAUUUAAUCUCAUUUACAUUUUCUCAGCAAUGAAAAUCAUUGUAUAAAUAUUAUCAGUCCGUUCUUAAUGAUGUCAGUAUUAAGAUAUUUAAAAUGAAUAAAUUCAGCACUACAAAAAAAA